AUGGAGCAAAGCAAAAGCGUGACCAAGCUAAAAGGAAAGUCUUAAAAAAUAUAUAUUUUAAAGUUUUUCCCGUAAUUCAAGAACAAGAAAACUCAAGAUUUUUAAGGGAGUAACUAUAUUCGUUACCUCUAAGCUGGCUUUCUUUUUACCAAGACAGACGCAAGGUGCAUGUCUGAGAUUCCCUUCCCAUCCCUUACAGAGUCUCCCUUCCCACUUCGAGAGGCUGUAGAGACGGACGAACGGGCGUGCGACUGUACGCUUUUGAAGUCAUAACCAAUUUUCUCUUUUCAACAGGUUUCCAAUUGCUAAAGCUAUGUUGGCUUCGCAGCGAGCGUCGCGGGCACGCAAACGCCGCUAUGAAAACGUUAGACUCAAAGUUUCACUUGCAAUUCAUACUUGUGUUCACAGUGGGAAGGAAAACAUCACUGAAAAACCCUGUCGAGUCACUUCAAUAUAUAUUUUUUCUUUCUUUUUAUUCAACACCCCCCCCCCCCUCCCCCCCCCCCCCCCCCACCCGCCCACCCACAACACCACCCUGACCACCGCCAUACCAACAACAAACCCACAACCGCAUCCUGCCGACACCUAAAUUGUAAACCGCUGCUGGCUUCGCAGAGGGCGUCGCGGGCCCACCAACGCCGUUAUGAAAACGUUAGACCCAAAGUUUCCCCUGCAAUUCAUACUUGUGUUUCCAGUGGGAAGGAAAACAUCACUGAAAAACCCUGUCGAGUCCCUUCAAUAUUUCUUUUUUCUUUCUUUUUAUUCAACCCCCCCCCCCCCCCCCCCCCCACCCCCGCAAAUUUCAAGAAAACGACUACCCUCACUGCCGUAUUCUUAAUGGAUUUCUUUGUUUUUUUCUGUUUUCUGCAGCUUGACUACAUUGUAUUUCUGGCCCUAUUCAGCUAUGUUAUUCUUGUUCGUCAGGCAACAACUCCUUCUAAUGUCGAGACCGUGGUCAUCCUCUUUGUCUGUUCUUUGUUUACAGAGGAAAUUAGACAGGUAAGGCAAGUCCAUAGGGGCGAGGUCAUUUUGGGUUGAAGCCCAAACGUAUAUGUUCAACCAAAUGUUAAAACAACAACAGGAACAGCAAAAGCAAAUGCAUGACAUGCAAUCCUUACUAAUGCUCCAGCAGCAGCAGCAGCAAACCACAACAUUAACGAAGAUUAUUGAAACACUAGUUCCGAAAUAAACAAACUCAGUUUCUUUAAAAUUCUUUGCGGUGCUUCAGGUCUCGGUUUACUUUAUUGUUAUAUAAACUUGAACUAAGUUGGCCUAGACUUCAAUCCGGCGAAAGACAAUCAGUACUGUAACCGUGUUAGAUGUUCUGUUACUGGAGUUUGGACUUUAUUUCGACGUUUUUAGAAGGUUAAAAAUUUACAUUUUUCAUGAAUGGAUUAAAAUUGAUGCUGACAGCCGUAAUAAAGGCAAGUUAUUCGUUGUGUUUUAUUUGACAUUAAUUUACUUUUCUUGUUACCUUCCCAUAUAAACGAAGAACAGUCUUUGGGUCUUAUGUUGGGUGUUUACAAAACGGCAUGAUCAGGAAAAAUAAUCUUCUAGAGAAGGUGGAUCUAGGUCAAAAAACUGUUGUGUUACCGUACAAGCAUAUCAAAACAUUUUGAAGGAUUGCACAGACAAUGUACAUUUUGCCUACUUUGCUUAGCCCUAUCUUUAAAUUCCUUUUGAAAUCAAGAAAUUUAAAAUCAUUUACAAUAUCAGAGAAAAGCCAUUCGACGGAACAGCGAACUUCACUCAUGGAACCGUUGUAAGCUUGCUUUUGAGGAGUCAGUAUUCGCUGCCGGAAAGGUCCCUGGAGAUGCAUUUGAAUAGGGCAUACAGGUGUUGAGACAGCAUGCACCCGGAGACGGUCGUAAAGGCCUGACUCUGUCAACAUCGCUGCGACAUGAAACAGAAGACACGUUUUUUUGUAAAUGCUGUUUCCUUUAAGAUGAUGCGUAUCAGGAUAAGUGAUCCGGGAUCACUCGGAUCAUGGUAGAUCAAAUGAACCGAUGAAUCCACUCUGGACAAGAAUUUGCCGGUUCAUUUAAUUUGAUCUACCAUUUUCCGAGUGUUCUCGGAUCACUGAUCCUAAUCCAAAUCAUCCUAAAUUUGUGUGUUAAUUUAGGCCAAAGACGGGAACUUAGGCAGCGAGGAACGACUAUUCCCAGUUUAGACGCCAAGCUUUUCAUUCGGCGAACUAGAUUCGAAUUUAGGUUUUCGGCACAAAUUAGCCGGAUUUCAAGUGUAAAGGAAUUGCCAUCACUAGUAUUAUUCAUCCGUUAUCGGAUCAUGUUUCCCUGCAUGUUUCGUUUUUUGAACAUAAAAGCGAAAAUUUCUCACUGCCAAAGCCUUGAUGGACUACAGGGGGCGCUGGUAUUGAAGACCAUUACCUAUUGUAGACCAUACAAAAGCUAAUUUUAAUUAUAAAAAAAACAGGUUUUUGGGUUGCUUCGGUGGGUGGCAAAAUACAAUUUAUUUAUCACGCAAUAUACCAGGAGUUAGUAUACAAGUCAGUUAGUGUUUCAGUUUAGCCAGUUUUCAGCUGCUCUUUAGCUGAUCGAUUAAUCUUUUAGUUGAACGGAUUUGUUGUUGUUGUUGCUGUUGUUGUUGGUAGUGGUUGUGGUGGUGAUGGAUCAUUUGCCGGGUUGGCUGGUAGUUAGUAGACGACGGGCUAGUAAAUUGUCCAAUUAUGUAGCGGGAUAUUUUCGUGUCUUCUAAUUUAAACUGCUGCCUGGAUGUUUAAUCUUUUAAAUUGGCAAUUCACUGUAAACAUUUCACAAUUAACUCUGAUUCUCAUGUUUUGAUUCUGUUAUGGUAGAUACUAGAGGGAACAUUUAAAGAAUGGGCCUCCAGUAAAUGGAACCUUCUCGACGGGCUCGCUGCGGUGUCAUUCUUUGUUGGUUUUGCACUCAAACUUCACCAACCAACAAGCGGGGUUGGUCACCUGGUAUACUGUUUUGAUGCCGCACUUUGGAUCAUGCGCCUUCUGUCCUUUUUUUCCAUUAGCAAACGCAUGGGACCUAUUGUGGUGAUGAUUUACAGGAUGGUAAGACACAAUUAUUACAAUUCAAGGUUACGUGUGCCCUUAAGUGAGCCCGUAAGUUACCACGUAAAACAGAAACUUACGAGAGUGCUAAGUGCGUUCCAUGCAACACCCGUAAGUAUACCCGUAACGGAUUCGUAAGUGACCUACUUAAGUGAGCACUUAAGUGCAGGUUUAUGCAACUGGGCCCUGGGCCGGGUUGCAUAAAACGCCCGUAACAACUACGGAUACGCGUACGUGCACUCGUAACUUAAGUCAGUUGCAUUAAAUUACUUAAGUGGUGCACUUAGGGAAUUCACUUAAGUGGUUGCACGUACGAUUUUUGUAAGUGUUCACUUAAGUGUCGUUUAUGCAACAGAAAUUGCAGGUGUUGCAUAAAAACGUUUUUACAGGAAAAAUAGCACGUAAAUUUACGGGACCUACGUAGGUCCCGUAUCGUUACUGUUUUUACUAAAACUUAACGAGAGAGAAAAAAUUUCUUUUUCUUCACGUUAUUCGUUCUAAUGCGCUUUGUUAACCUCUGAUGUACAUUUUAAAGCCGACGUUGUGAAAAAAGAAGAAGAACUAUCAUUUUCAGUAGAUAUUGAAGAAAAAUAACGUCUGCAUGUAAAUUUAAUUUUUUUGAGUAAGUGUUCGAAACGACUUAAAACUUUCUUCACACUCACUGAUGGUUAGCUUAAAAAAAAGAGAGUGAGUCAUUAAUGAAGUACUAUAUUAAAAGAUACGUGUGCCUUUAAGUUAGCCCGUAAGUUACCACGUAAAACAGAAACUUAUGAGAGUGCUAAGUGUGUUCCAUGCAACACACGUAAGUGUACCCAUAACGGAUUCGUAAGUGACCUACUUAAGUGGGCACUUAAGUGUAGGUUUUAUGCACUGAACUCUACCAGCCGACGACUCUUUGUGACAGUCUGUUCCGUGACUGCACUGAAGAGACGGAGCCGUCAAAAUGACAGUCACGGAAUCACGGUAGUAACGCAACGCCAUUUUCGAUCCCAACAGUAUUUUGAAGAAGAAAAAAAUCAAACGCGCUUUUUCUGGUACUCACUUUUUAUCGAAAAAUAAGGACUUUAACAAUGGUAAUUCGCUAAGGAUGACGGAACAGGAAGAUAUUUCGUCUUGUUACUUUACGAUCGAGGAAACUUGGAGCCGUUAAAUACAAAUGUAAGUUAUUUUGGUCACACUUCACUAUUUUUACCGGACUUCGAUGCUUUCGUUUGGAGGCUGCCUAAAGGAACCCAAGCCAAUUCUCUGGUAUGCUUUAGCUGAAUGCCUAAAUGUGUGAAUAAACGAGGACCACAUGAAGAAAAAUGCUGUAGAAAACAACUACUAAAUUAAAGUUUUUGCCACCGUAAAAACCUGUCUUCGUUUUUGAAUUACGUUAGUUCAAGGAGUCUUAAUAUUGCUUUGAAAGUAUCUUCUAGUGAAAGAAGAAGAGUUGUUCUAUUGAUGGAAAGUGCCCAAAAUUCUCCUUGCGGCUUUAUUUGCGAACGCGAGGAGAGUUGAUGUUAACAAAUUUCGGGUUGAAAAUACGGCCAUUUUGAGACUCCGACCGCGAAAACUGAUAUUGUUACUUUUCUCGAAAAUAAAAGGCUUUUUGCGAGAACAACUAACAUCAGAUUACUUAUCUACCUAAAAGCUAUUUAUGGACAAAAAAUGAAGGAAUUCGAUUUUUCAACUCUUCUUGCCACUCGAUGGUCGAUACUUCCUGACCGUCGCUCCCUUAACAAGCUAUUAUUUAAACAAAUGGUUGACGUUCGUGCCAUAUCUACAGUCCAGCGCAUUUCACCAUUUAUGUUUUUACCAUCAGUGCGUGAAUUCUCAGAAACACAGGAAAUGGCUGACGUAAUAGUUUGUCUCUUUGUUCAAGUGAAAAACGAUUAAGCAACUAAUAAAAUCAUUACACGAAAUUUUACACAACUGUACAUAUCAAAUUCAGUGAAACUUACAACUUUGUGAUCAAUCUUGUGAAGUUUGCGUAGUGAUUAUCAAGUGAACAUGCCUUGACUUGGCAAAUGCAACAUCGUCUUGAUCAUUGUUUGGAAGUUUCCAAAUGAUACGAAUAAAAAUGUGCAGACAAAUUGAACAUCAGCUUUGAAAUUUUAAUAUAAAACUAUGAUUUAUUCCUUUUGUUUAAUCAGAUUUCUGAAUAUGUGCCUAAGAAAAAAGGAGAUUGUUGUGAUAAUAAAGAUUUGGCCAAUAAUGAUGGAAUCGUUUAAAAUACUGUUUAUACUUAUAUACAAGAGGGAAAAGACAGAUAAACAGUCUGAACCUUAUUCUUUGAUUUUCAUUGACAUUGAAAUGUAAUCGUAAUUUUUGCCGACUUUUAUUAUCUUUGAAUGAAUUUAUACCAUAGAAUAUAUACCUUAUACUUUUCCGUCGGUAGCGAUUGGGAAGGUCCAUAUUCAAAGAGAAAACCCGGGAUUUCUGUUCAUUUUUAAACGCUUAACAAAUUUCGUGCUACCCUGCGAGCAGUGGUUUCUCCUGGCCGGACGCUGCGCUACGAAGGGAGAGAAACCACUGCGAGCAACCGUUUCCUUCUUUGAUCAAUUUGCCAAGGGACGAAAAAUUGGAUUUACUGCACUUUUGACCCGUGUCAAAGGUUAAGUCAAAUAUGGUAGUCGGCUUUGACUUUACCUUAAUUUGACGCGCGUCAAAGAUGCCGCCAAAUAUAUAACCUCUUUCCUUACUUCUUUGAUCUUGGUAAAGGCGAAGUCAAUUGCGUAACAACUUUGACUUCAAAGAUGAAGUCAAAUGCGUCUAUUCCUUUAACGCUUGUCAAAGGCGUUGCCAAAUAGGCUGGUCAAUUUGACUUUAUCUUUUGAUGCACGUCAAAGAUGAAGUCAAAGGCGUAGUAGCUGCGAACAUACCUUUAAAGCUAGUCAAAGAUGAAGUCAAAUACGGAGAUAAUACCGAACACGAACUGGUAAUCAUGGUAAUUGAUGUUUUAUAAUUAUUUUUGAAAAUGUUCUGGAAUAUGUACUUUUUCGAAGUAUUGUCUUAAAUGGACCAUUUCCCCUUGAUCGAUCAAUAUACGAUGAUAGCGACGCAAAACCUAAGUACCACCGCACAAUUGGACUAUGGAAGACCGUGGACCCAACGAGACACCCUGCUUUUUGGCGUGGAAUUGUCGCGGCUGAAAGGACUCUCUUCGUCCGUGCAAGCAAACAAACAAGGUAGAUGUGAAGAUGAAAAGCUGUUUUUUUUUUUCUGUACGAAACAAUUCAGCUUUCGUUAACAAAUAUCUUCACCCUUAUCUAUGAUGCGGUUUAGACCACGUACUUGUUCAAAAGUUAAGAGUCAUUCUUUUCUUUGCGUGAUGCAACAGUUGCUUAUCAGUCUUCAUGGUUGUUUUGAUAGGUUUAACCUUACAGAAACCAACUCUGAACAGGCACUUAUGUCGUGCUGGGAGGUUUCCUGAUUGUUAAAUCCGGUUCUUAUACUAUUAGACACCUUUCUAUUUCACAGGAUAGUUUUCAUCAGAUCAAGUCCUUUUUUCUCAAAAUAUAUAGGGCUAGUGGCAUUUCCCAUUUCCCAUUCGUAAACGGUCUUUUCCAUUUUUAACGGUCGAUGCCACCAUUAGUAACCAAGCCUUUGGUGAUGCUAAAUGUAAUGCAUUCCCUGAAUUAAGUUACAAAAGGGCAAAAAACAAUGUUUUCGAAUAGUCUUAGAAAGAACGACGUUGGAACCCAAGCUGAAUUUUCGUUAAAAUUUACAAAAAGGGCUAAGGUCACCUGUUAUUGAUGUAACAGUUAAUAAAGACAGUUUGUUAGUGUAUUUACUUAAAUUUUUCGGAAUUUUGGCGGGUCGGUGUGGUAGUGUAGUGUGGUAAUGGAGAGACACUAGGAUACGAAGGUUCCGAGUUUGAGGAGUGGUUGACCCUAGGUUGCGAUUUUCUUCCUUUUCAUAGAAACACUCUCAACAACAUGUCAAAAAUUUUCUAAGUGUCGCAAAAAUGACAGCGACCUUUUAAGAAAGGGACAACUGCAGUGGCAUUACUGCAAAAGUAAUGUCUUGCAAUCUUUGGAACCUAACACCCUAAGCUCGUAAUAGAAUAGCGUUAGGGUUAAGUCACUUUGGAGGUUAAAAUGGUAUAAAAAAUAGCCUGCGUAGCAAACUUUUCCGCGCGAGUUUUGUGCAAGAGACUAAGUUUGGACAAAGCAAAAAGAGAUAGCAUCCGCUGGAUAAACAGAGACCGACCUAAUGGCAGACACUCCGCGUGCACCGAAACAAUGAUGCCUUACCGAGACGGAGACCGUAACUUCCUUUGGCGUCAAAGCCUCUUGUAUACCCUUUCCUCAGUUCGCUCCUUUCCUCUUAGAGGGAGCUACGUGGUUAAAGAAGACCAAAAACAGGCUCCUUCGCGGCUUCACCGAUGAUGGUUCUUCAGUACCCGAUGCAAGCCGCCGUACUGCUGAACAAAAAGUGAGCAUGCUUGAGUUCAUUUUUGGCUAAAUAGCAAAUUACCGUCCAGUUAUCUCCAGAAACACCAUUGUCAAGAACUCAACAUUAUUGGGCUCCAUUUGGUAACCCAUGCAUUUCGGCUUCGAAGCCACCGGAGCGCAUUCCCUUGAUUUUUCAGAAAUCCAGCUCGAGCACGGUGAACGACCCAAGGAUCUUUACCAAAGAUUUAUGGCUUUUACAGAGGAUAACCUCCUUCGCAGCAACAGCAUACAACACCAUGGAGCGCUCCUCACUGAAGAUGAAGAGUUAACCCCACUUUGCCUGAGAUCAAGCCUGAGAUCUGGCAAGUUCUCUAAUCUUUACUUGAUGAAAUCAGUGCCACUGAAGAUGGUAAGGUAAUGCGCACCACUCCCUCCUCCUAUCGCAGGCCCGCACAAGCUGUCAAUUGUCAAACCCCCCAAUCGCUUCCAAACACGCCCUAAAUCCUGCCCCCUCUGCAAACAGGCCGGCCGCGGAGACUUCCACCACUACCUAAACGAGUGAACUAAUCUUCCUGACACUGACCGAAAGUUCAUCGAAAAAGCUAGGCCGGUCGUGGGCAUUUUCGAUUGUGAUGAGUCUGAGGAAGAACCACAGGACUACCAGCCUGAGCCUACUAAAAACCAACCUACCCCCAGUGUAUUGAGAAUUCAGGCACGCCAAUACCCCUACCUAGACACAUUUUAUCGUCACGGCCCUGUCAGUAUUACCAUCGAAAGUGGGGCCACUGGUAACACGAUUUGCUUGUCCACUAUUCAGAAGCUGAAAGUUGAGAUUUGUAAGAGUGCCCAGUCCGCCUAUCAGGGUGACGGAUCAUCCCCACUAAAGGUCAUCAGUGAAACCUUUCCUUCACUCGCGGACAACAUGUGUUCCAGUGUGAAGGUCUGGUCGUGGAAAACUUGAAUGUAGUGGUCCUCGCCGGGAGCCCCUUUAUGGAGGCCCGUGAUAUCGCUGGUCGUCCUGCCAAACGCCUGAUUACCCUCGCGGGUGGAUCCUCCUUCACAUACGGCUCUUCUGAUGAUCAUUCUACACAGCAAGCUGCGCGUCGCGCUGUGGUUCUCCGCGCUCACCAGGGUAGUUACUGCACAACUGGAAACGAGUGCUUCAGGUUCAUCCAAGUACAACCUCGAACUCUCCACUUCCAAAACUGUCAUCAACCCCAAAUCCACCGUGAUCUUGGGCUGGAUUUGGAACUCUGGUGCCCUCCAGGCCUCCCCUCAUCGAAUUGCAGCCCUAGCGUCUUGCAGCAAGCUCCUCGAAACGCUUGGCAGUCUUAAGUCCUUUAUUGGUGCGUACAAAGUCCUAGCUCGCGUUAUACCCCAGUGCUCAGCCUUACUGUCACCACUGGACACUGUUGUCGCAGGUCGCCAGUCUCACCUUGCUCAGUCAGCCCUUUCUGCAAACCGCUUCAUCACAUUCCUCCGCCUCGAUGAUCAAUUUAUGGACGGAAAAGGUCCAUUUGGCGGUAGCGUUCUAAAAAAUCCGGCUUGAAGAUUCCGCAAGAUAAGCAGCGUUGAUGCCAAAUUGCCUGCAACGUCAUUUGCCACUUGAAAAUGGCACAUUUUGAAAGAUUGGCAGAAAUCUUCAGAAAGAAUAGAUUGUGCGAAAUGAGCAGCGUUGAUACCAAAUGGCCUGAUAAGUCAUUUGCCACUUCAAAAUGGAACAGUUUGAAAGGUUGGCAGAAUUCUAUGCAAACAUCUCACCGAUUUUUUGAAAACCAACCUAACAAAAUUUGCAGUCAUUUGAGUGAAAAGGCGUCAAAAGGCCGGUUUCUUAACCCGAGAAGUUCCAAAAUCACAGUAACGAAGCAAAAGGAAAUGAGAAAAAGAGCGACGAGAAGGAAAGGAGGAGAAGAGAAAAAAGCAAUGGUUGCACUCUCAGUUUUUAUAAUGACUACUUUGGAGAUAGUUUUGGGCCGGAAAAAAAACUGUUGGACGGAAAAGGUCCAUUUGGCGGUAACGUUUUCAAAAAUCCGGUUAGAUAUAUAGCGCCGGGCUCAAUAUUUUAUCAUCCCUGAUGAUGCCGCUAAUCGGUGAAAGCUUGGAUUGUAAUUUUUAUUUUUUAAUCAGCAGUUUAAGGCCUUACUAGAACAAUGAUUUUAUAUUUUUAAUUAUGCUGCUGAAGGACAACAUUAGGAGAUUAUUGAAGCCCUUAAUGUUUAAGGGAAGCUGUUGCCCUCAGCUCUUUCGCAUUUCUCAUUCGCAGUUAUAAAGUUUAGUCAUGCAUUCGGCUGCAUUCAAUAUCCGGCCGGGAACAUUCAUUAAACCGUAUGCAUUAAUAAUUCUCAACUUUGUUUGCUUGUUUGUUUGACUUAAGGCUGAGGAUUUGAUGUAUUUUCUUGUCAUCGUGGGGGUCUUUCUCCUGGCCUAUGGAAUUACUCAACAAGCUAUUUUGUACCCAAACGAGCCUUCUUCAUGGUCUAUAGUAUCUCGGGUAUUCUUCAGGCCUUAUUUUCAAGCUCACGGAGAGCUCUUUAUGGAUGCUCCAGACAUUAGUACGUAUCUUGUAGUUAAUUGCAAAGAUUUACGCAACACAUUGCAAAGUUGA